UGCCAAUGCUGUGUUCUGUGGACCUGCUGCGGGAAAGGCGUUUUGUUCCGUUGUGUUUCGUUUGUCGUUUGUCGGAGCUGGGGGCCCCCAGGGAAGGUACUGAGGCCCGGUGCUGAGAGAGGGAAGGCCAAGGCGAGAAAGCCGCCACAGGGAAGGGAACCGGGAAAUGGGUGCAAUAGCCCAGCGCUCCGUAAAGAAUCGAAACUGAAAGCGAGAAAGGAGGGGCAAACCGGAGAAAGUGGGAGGAAACGGGGAAGCUGGGGGGGAGGGGGUCAGCAGCAUCCCUCCGUCGCCCCACGCCUGGCGCAGGACCUAGGAGAGGGCGCUGCAGGCACCCGGGGACCGUGCAGACCCUGGGACGCAAACCCAGAGAGCGCGAGCGCAUCGGAGCCCACAGCCCGCACGCAGAACCCGUGCCACCCGUUGUCCCCGCGCCGGGCCACUGACAUGGACGUGUACCGCACCCCCGCCACCGAGUUGGACGACCUGGUGAUCAGCAGCCUGCAGCCGCCCGCGGAGUUCGUGGGAACCGCGCGGCGUGCCCUCGGCGCCCUGGGAGCUGCCCUGAGAGAGCGCGGGGGUCUCCGCGACGCCGCUGCCCCUACGUGGCGGGUGCUGAAAAUCGCCAAGGGAGGUUCCUCUGGCCGGGGCACAGCUCUGCGGGGUGGCUGUGAUUCUGAACUUGUCAUCUUCCUCGACUGCUUCAAGAGUUAUAAGGACCAACGGCUUCGCCGUCCAGAGAUCCUCAAGGAGAUGCAGGCACUGCUGAAUUCCUGGUGUCAGCAAAAAGUCCCCGGUCUGAGCCUGGAGUUUCCUCAGCAGGACACACCCGGGGUCCUCCAGUUCCGACUGAAAUCCACAGACCUUGAAAACUGGAUGGAUGUUAGCUUGGUGCCCGCUUUUGACGCUCUGGGGCAGCUCAGCUCCAACGUGAAACCCAAGCCCCAGGUCUAUUCGGCUCUCCUCGCCAGCGGCUGCCACGCGGGCGAGCACGCGGCCUGCUUCACAGAGCUGCGGAGGAACUUCGUGAACACGCGCCCUGCCAAACUGAAGAACCUGAUGCUGCUAGUGAAGCACUGGUUCCGCCAGGUGUGCCCAGAGGAGACGAGGAGGGAGAUGCCCCCAGACUAUGCCCUAGAGCUGCUGACUAUCUAUGCCUGGGAACAGGGCUGUAAGAAGGAUGCCUUCAGCCUGGCCCAAGGCCUCCGGACCGUCCUGGGCCUGAUCCAACAGUAUCAGAGCCUGUGUGUUUUCUGGACCAUCAACUACGACUUCGAGGACCCUGCAGUUAAGAGGUUCUUGCAGCGCCAGCUUGAGAGACCCAGGCCUGUGAUCCUGGACCCAGCUGAUCCCACGUGGGACGUAGGGAACGGGGCAGCCUGCGACUGGAAUCUGCUGGCCCAAGAGGCAGAGUCCUGCUAUGACCGCCCGUGCUUUCUUCAGGCAGCAGGGGGCGCUGUGCAGCCCUGGAAGGUGCCAGGCCUCCCACACUCGGGUUUGGACCACCACGUCCCGCAAGACCCUGUCCAGAAGAGCCUGAAGGACAGCUGCAGUCUGGAUGCUGUGCACCCAAGGCCAGGGAGCAGGCAGCCCUCCUGCCCAGCUCCUGCCCCCUUAGAGGCCGCCAGCAUCACCCCCUCUACCCCUGGGGUAGAUCUGUCUCAGAUCCCCUCCAAGGAGCUGGACCUCUUCAUCCAGGACCACCUGAAACCAAACUCGCAGUUCCAGAAGCAGGUGAGCAAGGCCAUCGACGUCAUCCUGGGCCGCCUCCUCCAGAAAUGUGUCCACAAGGCCUCGAGAGUCAGCAAGGGGGGCUCAUUCGGCCGGGGCACAGACCUGAGGGGUGGCUGUGAUGCCAUACUCGUCAUCUUCUUCAACCGCUUCAAAACCUACAAGGACCAGGGGGCUUACCGUGCAGAGAUCCUUGAUGAAAUGCGGGCACAGCUGGAAUCCUGGCGGCAGGAUCCGGUCCCUGGCCUGAGCCUCAAGUUUCCAAACCAGACCGUGCCCAAGGCUUUGCAGUUCCAGCUAGUGUCCACGGCCCUAGAAAGCUGGAUGGACGUCAGUCUGCUACCCGCCUUUGAUGCCGUGGGGCAGCUCAGCUCUGGCGCCAAACCUGAGCCCCAGGUCUACUCAACCCUCCUCGCCAGCGGCUGCCAAGAGGGCGAGCACGCGGCCUGCUUCGCAGACCUGCGGAGAAACUUUGUGAACACUCGCCCCGUCAAGCUGAAGAACCUGAUUCUGCUAGUGAAGCACUGGUACCAUCAGGUUGCAGCUCAAAACAAAGGAGAGCGGCCAGCCUGUGCCUCCCUGCCCCCAGCCUAUGCCCUGGAGCUCCUGACCAUCUUCGCCUGGGAACGGGGCUGUGGGAAGGACCGUUUCAGCAUGGCCCAAGGCCUCCGGACCGUCCUGGGGCUUGUCCAGAAGCACCAGCAGCUCUGUGUCUUCUGGACAGUCAACUAUAGCUUUGAGGACCCAGCUCUCCGAAUGCACCUCCUUGGCCAGCUUCGGAAACCCAGGCCCCUGGUCCUGGAUCCUGCCGACCCCACCUGGAACGUGGGCCAGGGCUGCUGGAAGCUGUUGGCCCAGGAAGCAGCAGCCCUGGAGAUGCAGGCCUGCUGGAUGAGUACAAAAGGGACGCCUGUGCAGCCCUGGGAUGUGAUGCCCGCGCUCCUGUACCAAACCCCAGCCGGGGACCUCGACAAGUUCAUCAGUGAAUUCCUCCAGCCCGACCGCCAGUUCCUGACUCAAGUGAACAAGGCUGUUGAUACCAUCUGCGCAUUCCUGAGGGAAAAAUGCUUCCAGAACUCUCCCAUCAAAGUGCUCAAGGUGGUCAAGGGCGGCUCUUCAGGCAAAGGCACAGCUCUGCGAGGCCGCUCGGAUGCCGACCUAGUGGUGUUCCUCAGCUGCUUCAGCCAGUUCACUGAGCAAGGAAACAGGCGGGCAGACAUCAUCUCGGAAAUCCGAGCCCAGCUGGAGGCAUGUCAGCAGGAGAAGCAGUUCGAAGUGAAGUUCGAGAUCUCCAAGUGGGAGAAUCCCCGCGUGCUGAGCUUCUCGCUGGCGUCCCAGACGAUGCUGGAUCAGAGUGUGGACUUCGACGUGCUGCCAGCCUUUGACGCCCUCGGCCAGCUGGUCUCCCGCUCCAGGCCCAGCCCUCAGGUCUACGUGGACCUCAUCCACAGCUUCCACAACGCGGGCGAAUACUCCUCUUGCUUCACAGAGCUGCAGCGGGACUUCAUCCUCUCUCGCCCCACCAAGCUGAAGAGUCUGAUCCGACUGGUGAAGCACUGGUACCAGCAGUGCAACAAGAUGCCCCAGGGGAAAGGCUCCCUGCCCCCCCAGCAUGGGCUGGAACUCCUGACGGUGUAUGCCUGGGAGCAGGGCGGGAAGGACCCCCAGUUCAACAUGGCUGAGGGCUUUCGCACUGUCCUGGAGCUGGUCACCCAGUACCGCCAGCUCUGUGUCUAUUGGACCAUCAACUACAACUACGAGAACAAGACCAUCAAAGACUUCCUGGAGCAGCAGCUUCAGAAGCCCAGGCCCAUCAUCCUGGAUCCAGCUGACCCAACAGGCAACCUGGGCCACAACGCCCGCUGGGACCUGCUGGCCAAGGAAGCUACAGCCUGCAUGACUGCCCUGUGCUGCACGGGCAGGGAUGGCAACCCCAUCCAGCCGUGGCCAGUGAAGGCUGCUGUGUGAAGCCCAGAAAAUCAAUGGUCAUACCAGAUGGACAGAUGGACACCAGCCCUCGGCAUGGGGAGACUUGGGGGCACCUGCCAUAUGUGUGUGUGUGUGUGUGUGUGAGAGAGAGAGAGAGAGAGAGAGAGAGAGAUAGUGAAUCCACUCUACUCUUCAGUCCAGCCUCCCAACUGAUAUUUCUGCCUCCCAGCUCUGCUCUCUCCUCCCGGAAGCCCACUCUGCUUAUCCAGCCCAGUUGAGCUUCAUUGAAUUCCCCUUGUCUCAGAAAGGUACUACCCAUUUCACAUACCCCCCUCCCUUUUGCCUACACACUGGAGUCCAGACUCCAUAGAUUGGCACCAGGUUGGGUUUCCAGCUUCUCCAUUACCCGUAUGAUUCUCCAGUUUCAGCUGCAUCCACCCUGUUCCCUGCCCCUGCCGAGAAUGUCCUCGUCCUCCCUGACUUCUCUCUGCCCAUCCACACCAGCUCAAAUCCUUCCUCCUCUUAAACCCAUCCCUGACCUCCCAGUGACCUCUUCUUUCCCAGUUCAAGAACUUUUCAUGGGGAUGGCAGGGUUUUCAUCUCAUUUUUCAGUCACACUCAGUUGGUCAUGGCUGCCUGGAGCCCAAGGUGUUGAAGGAUCCUGAAGAAUGGAUACAUAGUUGGGAAGAGAGACCUAAUCACUUAGUGAUGUCUGCCAUUGAUGCAAUAAAGGAAAGUAGUGGCCUGAGUGCCAUGAUUGAUUAGCAGUGUCUGGACUGGAUGCAGGAAGAAGAUGCUCACAGAUCUAUAGUAUGUGUCUAGGCUAUUGAGAAGCUCUCUGAGCUCAGCCGGUAGCAGGAGCACAUGUCCAGAUUGGCUAGCUUUGUCUGCUACUGACACAGACAGAGGGAGUGGGGGCACGCAUGCCAUGCAGUCCGUCUCCUUGGACACUUCACUGGAUGCCUUUUCGUUGGAGGCCUCCUUUUGUUCAGCCUUCCUGUUUCACUCAUCCACCCAGUUCCUACAUCUUGAUGCCAUGUCCUACUUGCCUUCUUGGAUUUUUACUGUGUUCCCGUCUUUUCUCCUGACCUGCUGGAAUGCCACCAGUGGGAUCCUCCAUCCCAAAUACCUAAACGUGAGCCAAUACCCAAACAACAGUGCUCAGCCUGUGUCUCUCUGCCCUCCAGAGUAAAUCCACCAGGUCCAUUCAGGAGGCGCUGCUGACCUCUAGUCCAGCAACAAUGUCUCACUGAGUCAAGGCUCAGCACGGAAAACAGAACAUACUCCAGGAGUCGUAAAGCAGCAAGGGAUUCCAUCAAAACCCCUGGACCGGCUGGAGGAGGCUGAGGCCACCACCGGACUAUUGGUUUCAAGAUUAGACUCCCAUGGCUAAAUCAGAAGUCAGGCUGCUGCUGCUGCUGCCUCUGCCAACGCCGCUGCAGCCAUCCCUACUGCCUCACACCCUCGAAACUGGGGUCCAGACCCAGGACGGCAGCCACAAACAUCUCUCAGAAGUUGGCAGCCACCAGUAUGGCAGGAAGGCGGCUUCUGCCUCUCUCCUUUAACAUGGUCAAAAUUACAGCCAGAACUCUGGCUGCAGGGAGUCUGAGAAGUGGACGUUUCAUUUCCCCCCCCUCCCCCCUCCCGCCGUGGCACAGGGAGGAAUGGAUGCCCAGGGCCGAGCAUCCAUGUCCAGCACUGCGUCCCUAUCAGAAGCACCAUGAAUAUCUGUUGGGUGGGUGCGGGCGUGGUCCAUCCCAGAGGGGAGGACCAGGAGACAGAGAGAAAGCAGCCAUGUUCUUAGGGCACACAAGAGUUAAGGGGUCUGGAUGACGAUGUGUCAAAGUAGGUUCUUCAAUUGUAACAAAUGUCCCAUUUUGGGGAGUGUCGAUAGUGGGGGAAGACAUAUGUAGGAAAUUUCUGGGCCUUCUGCCCAAUUUUGCUGUAAACCUAAAACUGCUCUGAAAAACAAAGUAUUUUUUAAAAAAGUAAAGGGGUGUAAUAUCUGCAACAUGCACUCAAAUGUAAUAAUAACAUUGAUAAGAGGUACCUAUAGAAUAAGGGGAAAUGUGAAAUAUUCUGAGUGAGGAUAUAAGAGUUCUUUGUAACACUCAUCUCACAAAUAUAUAAUAAUAAUAAAUAAAGCACAGACUUUGGAAUCGGGUAGUGUGGAAUUAGAACUUGCCAGACAACUUAGUGGCUGUGUGACCUUGGGCAAAUGUUUCUACCUCUCUGAGCCUCUUGGUGGUGUUAUACUAAACAUCAGACAAGGGCAGGGAAGGAUCCUUCGUGGGCAAAGUUCUCCAGAGAAACAGAACCAGUAGGAUGUCUAGAUCUAGAGCGAGAAUUAUUUUAAGAAAUUGGCGGGUGCUAUUACAGGGGCUAGCAAGUCCAAAUUCUGCAGAGCAGGCUGGCAGGAGGAAGGCCCAGGGAAGAGCUGAUGUUACAGCUCCACCUGUAGUGGAAUUCCCUCUUCCUUGGGGGAAGUCAAUCUUUUUUCCAGUGAAGGCCCUCAACAGAAGGAGGCCCACUCACAGAAAGGAAUCUGCUUUACUCAAAGUCCAUUGAUCUUGUUAACCUCAUCUAAAAAAAUACCUUUGCAGAAAGAUCUAGAAUAACGUUUGACCAAAUAUCAGGGUACCAUGGCCCAGCCAAGUUGACCUAUAAAAUUUACCUUCCCACACCUUGGGGAUGUUUGCGUCUGUGUCACAGAGGCAGCCAGUGGGAGCCCUGUGGGCGUUUCAUUUUCACAGCUCUGGACCCAGGAAUUGCACACCUGUCUCCUCUCUGACCUGUGUGCUGCUGAGCCUGUUUUCUGUCCUUGCUGGGUGGGGUGAGUGCCUGAUGAGGCACUGCGGGUGUCCAUGUGUGCUGAGGUCCUGGGCACACAAGCUCCCACCCGCUGACCACUCUGGGACCUGGGUUUGCCCAGUGGCAGAGAUGAAACCUGAGUCCAGCUCAGCCCCUGUGUGGAGUGCAGUUUCCAGGCUCUCGGC